AUGGUGUCGCCUUUGCCACCUCCAGCUCCGACUCCUCCCACCGGCGCCAUGGUUCCUCCCACUGGUGACCGCACUUCCAACCUGCUGAACUUGCUCAAGUUCAGCGGUGCUGGCGGCCAGCCGUCGCAGGCUCAAGCCCAGACUUUCCAGCAGAGUCAGGACUCGUUCCAGCACUUUCAACAGCACCAGCCGCAGCCGCAGCACCAGCCGCAGCAGCAGCAGCAGCAGCACCAACAGCCGCAGCACGCUCUCCAGCACCACCAACAGUCGCAUCAUCAAGCUCAGCAUCAGCAUCAGCACCAGGCAGGUCCUGCUAUGCAGGCCCCUGCUCCUUUCCCGACGCAGAUCUUGGCCCCUGCCCCUUCGUCGCAGGACCCUAGUGGUCUCCUCCGUGCUCUCAUGAGCGGAAGCCACGAGAACGAGGAGCCAAAGCAACACGAUACUCCGCCGACCGCGACCUUUGGUGCUGCGUCGCCGCCCGACGAGACACGCACUUACCUGCUUAAUCUCCUCAACCGCCCGAAGCCCAGCCAAAACGAUCAGCCUCUUCUAAACGAGGGCUCUCGCCACGGCAGCUUCCAGCAGUCGAACGAGUCACCUGUCGAUACCUCCAGGCAUCUGCACCAGGUUCUGGACAACGCAUCGCAGGGACAGAGUUCGUCGCACCUAUCCCAGCACAACCAGUACGAGACCUCCGACAGGCAUCACUACGAGCAGCCUGCCGCCGGCUACGGCUCGUACUCGUUCCAACCCAACCAGGAUGGUAGCAUUCCUGUGUCUAGGCUGUUCGGCAACAGCUACAACAACUACGAGGAUCACCAGACCCCGUCGUCACAGCACCAUACCCCCAAGUCCAGCAACGCGGCUGUGCCCCACGCCCACUCGGCUGGACAGUCUCCCGCUGGACCGCCCUUCCUGAUCCUGAAGAAGGGAGACGGCUCGCCUACGCCUCCAGGUGCAGGCCGCAAGAACAUCAGCCACGAGCGGAGCCCUCUCGCUAGCCCCCAGAGCCUCCGCAGCCAGGCUGUUCACAGCAAUGUGUCCCCUGCGGGUAACGCCAUUGGCAAUCCGACGCCCGGCUCUGCGGCCUCGCUUGCCAGUCCGGGCCGUGCUGAUAGGAACCCGGAGACUGUCUCGGAAGCUAUGCAUGAUCUUGCCGAAACGGCGGAUCAGGAAGCUCAGGAGGCACUUGCCCGCGCCGAGGAUGAGCCUGACCAAUCUGAUUACCUGAAGGACCUUGACGACUUGGAUAACGCGAGGACCGAGCAGGAAUUUGAAGAUAUCGCGCAGCAUGCUGCCCUAGCCAUUAAGAAGGAGCUGGAUCGGGCCGAGAACAGCGAUCGUCGUCAUCGAAGAAGAGCCUGCGCAGUGGUCAAGGUCUACAACUUCCCUAUGAGGCCGUGGAUCAGCAUUCAAGUCAACGACAAUGGCGACAUUGAGCGUCCUCAGCUGCGUGACGAGGCUAUUAUGGAUAUCGCUCGCCUCAGAAAGGAGUUUGAUCAGAUCGACCGAAACCUUUACACGGCCACUGAGCGGUACAUGGUGUACGGCAUGUCCAAGGCCGGCGGUCUGCGCGUCAUCCGCCAGGAAGAUGGUAGAGAUGCUAAGAUCUUCACCGACACCAAGGACCGCAUCUUCAACGUCGCCAUGUCCUGCACCGCCCCUGACCACGACGGCGCGCACCGGGAGACCAUCAUUGGUACUGGCAUCAGCGGCACCGUCUUCUGGGUGCAGAUUCGCAAUGGCGAAAAGGACCACAUUGAGGAUGCGAACCCUGAGCAGUAUGGCUUCGCUCUUCCCCCCAUGUCGUUCCACGAGGGAGACACGCCGGGUGGAGUGCUCAAGACUCGCGCCCGCUCAUCCACCAUCCACCCCGAGUUCUUUGCUGUUGGCCGCGGAAAGUCUAUUAACAUUAUCUGGCCUUCGUUCAUUAUGCAACAGAACCUCUUCAAGCCUGGACACGAUCGUGUCGUCGAUACGGAGCAACUGGCUAAACAGUGUUCGUUGAAAAUCAACACUGGCAAGGCUGGCAAGGACUUUACCUUCAGCCAGGACGAUACCGUCAUCGUUUCGCUUGACAAAUCUGGUCGCGUCAAGUUCUGGGAUGUUCGAGAUCUCACCGCUGCCAAGGAGGGCAGCGACCCUCGCGCCCCUAUCCCUGCGCACACUUCUCUGGAGCUUUGGGACCUGGCCCUCGGUAAGCCCGUUCAGGAGUUCAACCUCCCACACAGCAAGGAGUCAGAUGCAGUGUGCAGCGUCAUGUACCACGCGCCUACCGGCAUGUUGAUCAUUGGUCAUCCAACACGCAAUUCGAUCUACUUCGCCCAUCUUUCGGCCCCUAAGUAUAACCUCAAGAGCGUUUCGCAGGUCGACUACAUCAAGCGCCUCAUCGACCAUGACACCACCAUUCCCCAGCCUGACUCGACCGCGGUCAUUAGCGGUGUCCGCGAGUACUCAUUUGCCAACCGGGGAAUCCUGCGCAGUCUCGACCUGCUGUCCACCCCUGCCAUGAGCCAAGACUCUGACGAGCCGACCUUGUUCGAGCUUUACGCGAUGCACUCCAAGGGUGUUGCGUGUCUCUUGAUCAAGCAGGCAGAGCUCGGCUGGUCAAAAGACAACAAGGUCCUGGCACCGGUCUCAGCUGUGGAUGCUGGUGUUGUGAGCAUUUCCAAGCUCAAGCCACCUCAUGCCCUCCCGGCCGAGCCCGCCCAUCAGGAGCCUGCACCCGCGCCUGCGGCGCCUGCUCGUUCCAACACCAAAGAGUCUACUGCGCACACUGCGCCAUCUUCCCAAGAUGAGGACCGCCACGCGCCCCGGGGCUUCCUCAAGAAGCAGGAAUCCAAGGAUGAGGACACUCCUACGACCGCUCCCGUCAAGGACGACAAGCCUGAGAAGGCGGAGCGUAAGGGUCGUAAGAAGAAGGCGGCCGCAGUCGCUGCAGCUGCCGCUCUGGCCGCCGAAUCGCAGUCGCAAUCCAAUGGUGGCAGCCAAUCACCUCGUGUCACCCCCAAAGACUCGAAGACCGCCACCGCUGCUGCUCCUGCGGUGCCUUCCAGCUAUGUGUCGAUGGAGUCCAUCGAGACCGUCAUGAAUUCUCUGACAACGAUGGAGUCCCGUCUGAACAGCAGCUUCGCCGGUACCAUCAAUGCCGCCAUCAAGUCACUUCACACCAAGCUGGAAGACGGCCAGCGCGAGCGUGAGAAAGAUUUUGACCAGCAUCAAAAGACCUUGUUGACCAUGAUCUCUGAUGUUCUCAAUGAGAACACCCAGAAAGUCUUGGAAUCCUUGAUCCAGGGACAAUUCGACCUCGCUAUGCCUACCAUUUCGGACGUUGCGCGCAAGGCGGUCUCGGAGCAGUUCAGCUCUGGUACAAACCGCCAGUUGUCGCAGACCAUUCAGAAGGAGAUCAACAAGAGCCUUCCCUCGGCAACACAGCAUGCUCUGCAGAGCACUGACUUCAUCAAGGGACUCUCGGACCGUGUUGGGUCCACAGUCGCUGCGAACGUCCAACGCGAAGUUGUCCACUCGCUGACCAACCAGAUGUCGACUGCUUUCACCACGAUGGCGACCACAGCUUGCCAACAGGUGGCCGACGAUUUGCAGCGUCAGCACCACGCCGAGAUGACAGCACUUCACGAACAGCGUGCUGCUGAUAGCAAGAAGAUCGACGAGCUGCACACUGCUUUCGCGCAGUUGACCAGCAUGGUAUCUGGCAUGGCAGCCACACAGGAGCAGUUCCAAACCGAGUUCAUUCGCUUCCAGCAGCAGACGACGAAGAACCCUGGGCCCUUGCAGCAGCCGAUCCCUGCUCAGCAGCACCAGCUCCCACCGGCUAUACAGGGCCAGGAGUAUGGGCCGCGCCACGGCCAGGGACCUAGCCAGGUCCACAGCCAGGGCCUCACCCAGAUGCAGCAGCAGGUCCAGCGAAUGCAGGAGCACAUGCAGCAGCAGCAGCAACAGCAGCAGCAAGGCAGCCAGCACUAUGGUUCGAUGCAGAGCCCCGAGACAUCGCAGCACCGUUCUGUGGGCUAUCAGCAGUCCCAGGCGUCUUCGCACGGACAUGGACAACACGGCGCUCCCUACCAGCAGAGUCAUGCCAACUCGCAGGCCCUCACCCUCGCCAACCAAAGCCAGGGCGAAGAGGAGUUUGACCAGGAGCUGGCUGACUGCGUGGCUCGUAUUGACGGUCUUAUCAAAGCAGGCAGGACUGAAGAUGCCCUGCUUCGCUGGCUGCAGUCGGGUCGUGAGCAGUUCAUCUUCGACCGACUCAUGAGCAAGUACAGCCCGCAGCUGGUUCUUGAUGGCAUGCCUGGUCUGCUCCUACUCACAAUCGCAACCACGAUUUGCCAAAGCCUCGACUCUGUUACCCGUGAGCGUGUUGCCUGGCUCGAGGUGGUCGUUCAUAAGAUCAGCACCGAUUUUGACAAUAUGGAGGCCGAUGCUCGCGCCAUCACCCCCAAAAUUUUCCACCUCAUCAUCACCAAUACGGAGAACCUGUUUGUUCGGAUUAGCAGCACUCGUGGCAACGAUCCGAUCCUGAAGAACCUCUCCCAGAUGAUGGGCGUUGCCAAGCGCACGCUUGAAACCCACAGCACUCGCCAUUACGGCUGAGUCUUCCACACGGCAGGCGAGCUUGUUGUCUCGCAAUUUGACGACAUGACGAUUUCUAGUACAUAGAGAGGCAUCCCUGCAGAAGGAGCUUGACCACGCUCGACAUAAUCUGGAGCUGAUAGGUAUGCGAGUCGAGGGUCACCAUACUGGCCCUUUUCUCGCACCCAUUGGGAGCCAAGGUAAUGGGCCACGGUACAUACCGC